GUUUUUUGUAGAUGUCGCUCUGGGUUUUUCCAGGGGCCUGCAUCGUACGCGGCAUUCCUUGAUUUGGCUGCUCGCUGCAAGGACGAUUUAAAAGGUAUAAAAGAUACUAAAAUCCAUUUCUAAAUUACCUGUGAGCAGACAACAUGUUGGCUACAUUAGGAUUAUUGGUGUUUUGUGUCGUAGCAUUGUGUCCAUUGGAAGCAUUGGAAACGAAUGACGAUAUUACCGCUCUGGACCAAACGGCACAGGGUUCACCUUCUUUAAACGCUAAGAUUAGAAUUGCCAGAUUUUCUUUUAGGAAACCAAGGCCAACAGUAACUUCGAUGACGUGUGAACCUUCUCGGUGCCAGAAUGGCGGAACAUGCAUAUAUGGAGCGUCAUCCUGUAGAUGUCCAGAAGGAUACACCGGUGUGUUAUGUGAGACAGGAAUGAGCUGAAAAGUACUUUAUCCAACCAGAAAAAAAUAUUGUGUAAUAAUUCAAGACCAGCAACAAUAUAAUUGAAAUAAAAUAAGAUAUGUAAACAAUAUAAUUGUCUUAAAAUGAAAGAUACAUUAUGGUAUAGAAAUUCAGCAAUUGAAAUCAUAAAGAAAACAUUGUGCAAGAAUUAU